UUACUCUUUAAUAUACUCCGUAUGUGUUUGGAUUUAUUUGUAGUAUAGGUUCAAAAUAUAAUUUAAAAGGGAAGAAAAAGAUUACACCGAUUUAAAGCGAUUACAGAUUGUGUUUUGUUUCAUCCAGUCUUCCUCUACAAUUGCCUGAGUGUAAACAAAUGUGAACUUGUGUGUGCGAUUUUUCGAAAAUAAAUAAAAUCAUUUUUGACUUUUCACAAUGGGAAUUGGCGGUUGUGCGGCAAUUAUUAAAGUGAUUGUAGUGCUAUCAAAUUUUAUUUUUUGGAUAAUUGGUAUAGCGCUAACAGCGUUAGCGAUAUGGGUCCUAACAGAUCGAACGGAUCUACAAACAUUCGAUAAAAAUUACACAGUUGGUUCAUACAUUUUAUUAAUCGCUGGUAUUUUAAUUGUGAUCGUGUCAUUCUUCGGCUGUUGUGGGGCAUUUAAGGAAUCCCGAUGUCUGUUAAUUGCAUUUUCUAGUUGUUUACUGGUAAUAAUCGUCUUAGAAUUAUCAGCUGGCAUUUGGGCUGAUUAUAAUAAAGAACGUUUGGAGCCGUAUUUACGUAAACAAGCGCAGAAAACAAUUGAAGAUGAUUAUUGGACACAAGAAUUGUCACGUAAAGCAUUUAAUUCAAUUCAAGCGAAUCUGGAAUGUUGUGGAGGAGAAGGUCCACAAGAUUGGGCCCGGAGUAAAAAUGGUGUACUCGAAUUGAGUGUGACGUCAAACACAGAAUAUGAAAUUCCAACAAGUUGUUGUGUACACAGCAUCCAAGUCGAUCAGUGUGAGAAAGAUAGACAUAUUAGAAAUGGAGCGAUUAAUUACGCAUCAAUUUACAAAGCAGGUUGUACUGUAAAAAUAAUAAAAUACUUGAAAGAUCUGACAACGUGGAUAAUGAUUGUGGGCUUCACGUUAGCUGCCCUUCAAUUUAUUGGAAUUAUUUUCGCUUGCAUACUAAUCAAUGCAAUCAAAUCAUCUGAUCAAUAUAAAGCCUAAUAGAUUCGUUUGUUCGUUUUACCAAAGAUUUUAAAUCUCACAAUCAGUACGUGAUAAAAAAAAUAAUGCAAAGCCAGUACCACCUGUAUGCAAACAAAGUGCAAGAAUACAAAUAUAAAAAUUCUUAAAUCAGCAUAUUCAAAAAAUAAUAAGAAUCUCUUAAAUAUAUUUUCAAAAGGAAAUAUUCUUACAAAAGAAAAAAACUACUUUUCAUGACAAAUAGGUAUUUUUUACUCCAUUGUGAUGAUUUUAUGUUUUUAUUUUUUAUAAUUUAAAAAAAAAAAUUUAUGUACCUGGACCAAAAAAAAUAAUAACAAAUGUUUUUUUAGGUUAUAAAUAAAUCUUUGAAUUUGUACCAUAAACCUAUUUUACAUACAUUGGGCUGGGUUAUUUAUGAGAGCCACAUUGUAUAUGUUUAAGUCAAAAUACAUUUUGGAAAACUUAUUUUAUUAAGGGUAGAAAUUGGAGAGUACAAAAAUUCCGCCAAAUCACUUCUUGCUCUACGAAAAUUCAGUUUGUUAGAAAUCCGGGAUAGAAAACACCUGCGAUCCAAACCCCUCCCAAGUAGAAGGGUUGAUCGAAUAAAACAUCAACCAGGAAUUCGGGGACACAAAAUUCUGUACAAAAACCUCUCGAAUUUCUGUUCUCAAUAAAAUAACUUGCGUUGAAUACUUAAGCAAUGUUCGAGCCUUGUCACAUAAAUUAUCCAAACUUUUUUGGAAGACAACGCAGUUCAGUGAAAAUAGGUUUAUGAAAUUUUAAUAUGAUGUAGAAUUUUUUAUUAAAAUAGCGGCCAUUAAUAUUUUAGUCAUCAGUGUGACGUCACAAUAUUUUAACUUGAGCUGUAAAAUCGCACGUCAAAUAAUUGGUAUAACUCAAUUUUUAUAUAGUUUGAUCUCACUGUGUGUUUUCGUAUUUUUCGUACACAUCAAUCAAUGCAAGAUAGCAGGAUUUAGAUUGAAUUAGUAGAGCCAGAAAACAAUAAAAUAGGCCCGUAUAAGGGGACAAAUAAGACUUCACAUUCAGAUUAACAACUUAGCGAAGAAUCGUUAAGCGAUAAGCCAACAAACUAGGCAUGUAUUGGAGACAAGUAAGGUUUCCCGAUCAAAGGAUUAAAUACGAUGGAAGAAUUACGCGCCGUUGUCUUAACCAACAGCUGAGGAAGUUACGGUUUCACUAUUUUGUUGCUAAUUGUAUUGUACUGUAUUAUAUUUCCAGUCGAGGAAGUUUACGAUUUCAGAAUUUUAUUGCCAACAUGAGUUAUACCUCAUUCGACAAGAAUUUAAUAAACUUAAAGAAAUUUUUGGAUUGAUAUUUAAUAUUAUUUAGAUGUUCGUAAGAGUCGAUUUUUUUAAUCGGCGAAAAUUUUUAUGCACUUGUUUUUUUGUAAAACCUAGUCAGUAAGAUUAACGGCAAAAUCAAUAUAUAUAUCAUUCGAAUUAACCUCUUUCACAUUUUGGGUUAGAUUUAAAAGUUUUUCAGCUAAGGGACACUAAAGAUUCCAAAAAUGACAUAAAACCUAAAAUUUUAUACCUAAGAAUGUGAAAGGAGGCGAAUUCGAGAAAAGAAAAUCGUGUCGUAAUAUUCACACGAAAUAUCGUGCGAAUAAUUUUUUGAAAUAAUUUAUAAAUGUCUGUUGUAUUUUAGAAAAACCUUUAAACACACAAAAAAAAGAACUGAUUUAUAUAAAGGAACUUAUUAAUAUGCAAGGUAUCUCAAAAGUCGCCUAUUUGAGUGACUUUUGAGAUACUCUGUGUAUUUUAUAUAUGCUAGAUCUGUUAAACAAUUUAUAGUAUUAUAUUAAAAAAAUAAUCUUAUAUAUACGUACAACUUUUUUUAUACAAAAAAAAAAAGGAUUUUUUCUCUUACGUGAGUAUCCAUAAACCACGUGACCGGAUCAAGACGACAGGGAGGUGAUUAGUUCAAAAGCCACGGUGAGCUGCGUCAAGACAAGGGUGGCUAUGGUGGGAUAAUAAAGGCUAUAUGGUGGGAAGGAGGGAAGGAGGGAUUCGUAAGAAGUUGGAAUUGAGUCACGUAGUUCAUGGGUACUCCCUAAAUUUUGAUAUCUGUAAGUGUUCUGACAAUUAUUAUACACAUGUAGAUUAUUUUUCGAUGAUCCUAUUUACAAGGAAUUGUUUUUUUUUCUAUUCUUAUUUAUUCCAAAACUUAUAUACACCUUAGAAAAAUUUGUAACACAACGUUUGAGCUUUUAAUUCUAAGAAACCUGACUUUGAAAUUAUUUCGUAUUCAUCAAUGUUUCGAGUUAAAUUUAAACUCGAAAGAUAAUUUCGUUGAUUACAAACUUGAAUAAAUAAACUACUUAGGAUUUUGAUAACAAUUUUCAAGAAAUUAAUUAACUGCUCCGAAUUUAAAAAGAAAAA